CCGGGCCUGGCAUCCCGGUAGCCGCAGCUGUCUUUUCCGGCCCCGGUGCGCUCUCCGCCCCAGGCGGAGCCCCCCGGCUCGCGGGGAUCCCCCGAGCGCUGCGUCCUGUGGGUGGGUGAGUGAGUGCCCCGCGGUCCCCGAGAUGUGGGGUGCACCUGGCCGGGGAGAAGGAGAUCUUGGCUCCUUCGCACCCCAGCGGGCGCAAAGGGGCAGGAGCCCGGGUUGGGGGAGGAGUAGGAGGACCCGGGGACCUUGUGUCGCUCUGUGGGAGCCGGUCUGUGUUUCUGUUUUGCUAGUCGAGGGGUGUGUUUGGGUUGGUAGAGUUUGUAGGGGGGGUACCUCGUGUGGAUGGGAGGAAUCUGGGGAGGCUAAGGCGAGGAGGAGGAGGCGGUUUGAGAUGGGUUGAGGGAGAGGAUUGACGGAGGGUGGGGUUUUGAAGGAGUUGGAAGUUUCUUGGGUGCGGUGAUUGCAUGGGGGGGGGGCUUGGUAGGGGCAGCUCAGGACACCGAAGGAGAGGAUGGGGAAGGCUGUCCUGCCCACAACUUACUUCCCUUUUGGGAGAUUUGCUUCCUCUUGCAUUGCUAGUUAAGGAAGGAGAGGCUGGAGAAGCCUGUGCCGUCAGAGUACCUUUGCCCCUUUCCAGAACCGGUGCCAUCCCUAGUCUCAGGAACAUAAGGGAAGGGGUGGCCCCCAGGAGCCAGGAGUGGCCCUAAAUCCCUUCCUGACAGGUUUGGGGUACCAGUUUUUUUGUGGAGCAGUGGCUGGUCACCUAACCCAUUUGUAGCUUCCUCUACCUGUGCUCAGCCAUGGCCAGCGAGAGCUCGCCUCUGCUGGCCUACCGACUCCUGGGGGAGGAGGGGACUGCCCUCCCUCUCAAUGGGGCCGGGGCUCCUGGAGGGGCAUCUGCCCGGAAGCUGUCCACCUUCCUGGGUGUGGUGGUGCCCACUGUCCUGUCCAUGUUCAGCAUAGUUGUUUUUCUGAGGAUUGGGUUCGUGGUGGGCCAUGCUGGGCUGCUGCAGGCUCUGGCCAUGCUGCUGGUUGCCUACUUCAUCCUGGCGCUCACCGUCCUCUCUGUCUGUGCCAUCGCCACCAAUGGAGCUGUGCAGGGAGGCGGAGCCUACUUCAUGAUCAGCCGCACAUUGGGGCCCGAGGUCGGGGGCAGCAUUGGGCUCAUGUUCUACCUGGCUAACGUCUGUGGCUGUGCCGUCUCCCUGCUGGGACUGGUGGAGUCUGUGCUUGAUGUCUUCGGGGCCGAUGCCACAGGGCCCAGUGGGCUCCGGGUCCUGCCCCAGGGCUACGGCUGGAACCUGCUGUAUGGCUCCCUGCUGCUGGGCCUUGUGGGUGGGGUCUGCACCCUGGGAGCUGGCCUCUAUGCCAGGGCCUCAUUCCUCACAUUCCUGCUGGUUUCCGGCUCCCUGGCCUCCGUGCUCAUCAGCUUUGUGGCUGUGGGGCCGAGGGACAUCCCCUUGACCCCUAGGCCUGGCCCCAAUGGCUCCUCCUUGCCGCCCCGGUUUGGCCACUUCACCGGCUUCAACAGCAGUACCCUGAAGGACAACUUGGGUGCUGGCUACGCUGAGGACUACACCACAGGAGCCAUGAUGAAUUUUGCCAGCGUCUUUGCUGUCCUCUUUAACGGCUGUACAGGCAUCAUGGCUGGGGCCAACAUGUCAGGGGAGCUGAAGGACCCCAGCCGGGCGAUCCCUCUGGGCACGAUCGUCGCUGUCGCCUACACCUUCUUCGUCUAUGUCCUGCUUUUCUUCCUCUCCAGCUUCACCUGUGACAGGACCCUGCUGCAGGAAGACUAUGGGUUCUUCCGCGCCAUCAGCCUGUGGCCCCCACUGGUGUUGAUCGGAAUCUAUGCCACCGCGCUCUCAGCGUCCAUGAGCUCGCUCAUUGGUGCCUCCCGCAUCCUCCAUGCCCUGGCCCGGGAUGACCUCUUUGGAGUGAUCUUGGCGCCGGCCAAGGUUGUGUCCCGGGGCGGAAACCCCUGGGCGGCUGUACUGUAUUCUUGGGGCCUGGUGCAGCUGGUGCUCCUGGCCGGGAAGCUGAACACGCUGGCUGCCGUGGUCACUGUCUUCUACCUGGUGGCCUAUGCCGCUGUGGACCUGUCCUGCCUGAGCCUGGAGUGGGCCUCGGCCCCCAACUUCCGCCCCACCUUCAGCCUGUUCUCCUGGCACACCUGCCUGCUGGGGGUAGCCUCCUGCCUGCUCAUGAUGUUCCUCAUCAGCCCUGGUGCGGCCGGUGGCUCCCUGCUCCUCAUGGGUCUCCUGGCUGCCCUGCUCACCGCGCGAGGAGGCCCCAGCAGCUGGGGCUAUGUCAGCCAGGCCUUGCUUUUCCACCAGGUAUCCCCGGGGAGCUGGCGGGGUGGUGGGGAGAUGGGAGGUGAUCAAAUAACCCCCUCUCUCUUUGGCUGGAGUUGGUGUUCCCGUCCAGGAGGCGCUGAACAGGGCUGUGUAUUUGAUCCUGCCACUUCCCCAUCACCUCACCCAUGUACCCAGGUGCGUAAGUAUCUGCUCCGGCUGGAUGUCCGGAAGGAUCACGUCAAGUUCUGGCGGCCCCAGUUGCUGCUCCUGGUGGGGAACCCCCGGGGCGCCCUGCCUCUGCUGCGGUUGGCCAACCAGCUUAAGAAGGGGGGGCUCUACGUGUUGGGCCACGUCACCCUGGGAGACCUCGACUCCCUCCCCUCGGACCCUGUGCAGCCGCAGUACGGGGCAUGGCUCAGCCUGGUGGACCGGGCCCAGGUGAAGGCUUUUGUGGAUCUAACUCUCUCACCCUCCGUGCGCCAGGGGGCUCAGCAUCUGCUGCGAAUCUCCGGCCUCGGUGGCAUGAAGCCCAACACGUUGGUCCUGGGUUUCUACGAUGACGCCCCACCGCAGGACCAUUUCCUGACGGACCCGGCUUUCUCUGAGCCUGCAGACAGUACCAGGGAGGGCAGUUCCCCAGCUCUGAGUACCCUGUUCCCUCCUCCCCGGGCUCCUGGGAGCCCCCGGGCUCUCAGUCCCCAGGACUACGUGGCCACGGUGGCCGAUGCCCUCAAGAUGAACAAGAAUGUGGUGCUGGCCCGGGCCAGUGGGGCCUUGCCCCGUGAGCGGCUGAGCCGGGGGUCUGGGGGCACUUCUCAGCUGCACCACGUGGACGUGUGGCCCCUCAACCUGCUGCGGCCCCGGGGAGGGCCCGGCUACGUGGACGUCUGCGGCCUCUUCCUACUGCAGAUGGCAACCAUCUUGGGCAUGGUGCCCGCUUGGCACAGCGCCCGGCUCCGGAUCUUCCUGUGCCUGGGGCCUAGGGAGGCGCCUGGGGCAGCCGAGGGGCGGCUGCGGGCGCUGCUGAGCCAACUGAGGAUCCGGGCUGAGGUGCAGGAGGUGGUGUGGGGCGAGGGGGCCGGGGCUGGGGAACCCGAGGCGGAGGAGGAAGGGGACUUUGUGAACAGUGGGCGGGGAGAUGUGGAGGCAGAGGCCCUGGCACGCAGCGCCAACGCCCUGGUUCGGGCCCAGCAGGGGCGCGGCACAGGAGGAGGGCCGGGUGGGCCGGAGGAUGGGGAUACCGAGGGCCCCACCACAGCCCUCACCUUCCUGUACUUGCCUCGGCCGCCGGCCGAUCCCGCCCGCUACCCCCGAUACCUGGCGCUACUGGAGACUCUAACCCGAGACCUGGGCCCCACACUGCUGGUUCACGGGGUCACCCCAGUCACCUGCACUGAUCUCUGAUGCCCCUGCCCCCAGGGCUGGGUAGAGAGGGCCCAGGCAGGUGGCCCAUCCCGAUCCUGAGGAGGAAGAGGAGGAGGAGGAGGAGGAGGAGAAGAAGAAAAGCACUGUGUCCCGUGGCCUUGCCCUUGGGAUGUGGAGCCCAGGGGAGGUUUGAAGGGGAUCAUGCCACCUCCUUUGGCAGAGGCACUCCAGCACACUAACUCUGGGCGCCUGUCCCCACCGUGCAGGGGAGGGAGUCCGAAGCCUCCCUUCACUGGUGCCUUGAUGCUAGGGGCCAGGCCUCCGUGACUCUGGGCUACCUCAGUUUCCCCAUUUUGGCCAGACUCACCGGCCCACUGGGGUGGUGAUGUUUUCGUUCUGUUUUAUUUUUCUAACUCUGCUGACCAUGAAUAAAAGACCAAAACACUA